AUUCAUGGGUUUUAGCACUACCCGAAUUAUUCAUUAGACGCCAUUUUGAGACGAGAAAUAGCUAAACUUUCUCAUUUUUUUUAGUUAACCUAGUCUCCAAUUGAUUUAUCUUAAUAUAGUUUCAUUGCGUUAAACCAUUAUCUCUAGAAUGGUUGAAGACAGAUCAACGGCGAAGGAGUUAGAUCAGUGGAUCGAACAGUUGAACGACUGUAAACAGUUAUCAGAAAAUCAAGUGAAAACUUUAUGCGAAAAGGCUAAAGAAAUUUUAGGGAAAGAGAGUAAUGUUCAAGAAGUCAAAUGUCCUGUCACAGUCUGCGGAGAUGUACAUGGUCAAUUCCAUGAUUUAAUGGAACUAUUUAAGAUAGGAGGAAAAUCACCCGAUACCAACUAUCUUUUCAUGGGAGAUUAUGUUGAUAGGGGUUACUAUUCUGUAGAAACUGUGUCCCUUUUAGUAGCUUUGAAGGUAAGAUUCAAGGAGAGGAUAACGAUAUUACGUGGAAAUCACGAAAGCCGGCAAAUUACACAAGUAUAUGGAUUUUACGACGAAUGUCUUAGAAAAUACGGCAAUGCCAAUGUUUGGAAAUAUUUUACGGAUUUGUUUGAUUACCUACCUCUGACGGCCCUGGUUGAGAAUAAGAUCUUCUGUUUACAUGGCGGCCUCUCUCCAUCAAUUGAUACAUUGGACCACGUUAGGGCAUUGGAUAGAAUUCAAGAAGUUCCCCAUGAGGGACCUAUGUGCGACUUACUCUGGUCUGACCCAGACGAUAGAGGCGGUUGGGGAAUUUCUCCUCGAGGAGCCGGGUACACUUUUGGCCAAGAUAUCUCGGAAACUUUUAAUCACAGCAACAAUUUGACUCUAGUUUCCAGAGCUCACCAGCUGGUGAUGGAGGGCUAUAAUUGGUGUCACGACCGUAAUGUCGUUACCAUCUUCAGCGCGCCAAACUACUGUUAUCGCUGUGGAAAUCAAGCAGCAAUUAUGGAGUUGGAUGACGCCUUGAAGUAUUCUUUUCUGCAGUUUGAUCCAGCACCUAGAAGGGGAGAACCUCACGUCUCCCGUCGUACGCCUGAUUAUUUCUUAUAA